AUGCCGAGCGCGAGAGCUUCGUCCUCAUCAUCGGCCGCAGGUGGAAAGCUCACAAAGCUCGAGUCAGCACUGUACCGAGCAGCUCAAGCUUCACCAGGCGGCAUCAUCACCCAGGACCAGAUCGAAAUACAGUUCAAGCAUGAACACGUCGACGAUCGACUCAGCGCUGUCAAUGGCUUGCUCAGAAAGAGCCUCCUUUCGGCUCAGUCUCUUAGCGGCACGCUACAGUUUGCUGCCACUGCCAAGGCGGAGGCGAGCAUGAUGGGCAAGCUCGACGAGAACGAAACGCUGGUCUACUCGCAUAUCAAAGACUCGCGCAACGAAGGAAUCUGGACCAAGCAGUUGAAAUCCAGAACGAAUUUGCACCAAACCAUCAUCAACCGAUGCCUCAAGUCGCUCGAGCAGAAGCAGCUUGUCAAGGCGGUAAAGUCGGUCAAAUACCCGACCCGCAAGAUCUUCAUGCUCUUCGGCCUCACUCCAUCCAUCGAACUCUCAGGCGGCCCCUGGUACACCGACAACGAGCUGGACACUGGCUUUAUCAACGAGCUUUCCAUGGCCAUCCUCAAUUUCAUUCGUUCAAAGUCGUUCCCCAAAAAUGGUCAAUCGAGAGCCCUCUUCCCCACGACUCACACAUCGCAGCUUCCUUCCGCCAACAGCAUCCAUUCGUAUCUGCGCAACUCCAACCUGACAGAGACCGAGCUCGAAGUCGAACACGUCGUGUCUCUACUCGAUAUCUUGGUCUACGACGAGCAGAUCGAAAAGAUUCCCAUCCUUCCUGUUUCCUUCGGUGGAUCAGGCGGUCAUACCAAUGGGUUCGACGAGGAAGACCAUGACUACUCAGACUCUGAUCGCUCCACAGACGGCAGCGGAUCAGAUGGGACCAGCGAUAGCGCAUCAGAUAGCGAAUCAGAGGCUGAAGAGACGGGAUCGGAAACCGAGGGUGGCAGGAGAAAGGUUAAAAAGGAGCGCAAGUCCAAUGGAGACGACCAGAGUGACGAAGAAGAUGAAGGUCCCGUCACCAGCGGCAAACGAAAGCGAGCUUCGGCAAAGUCUUCAUCAUCAUCUCGCGAAAAAAGCAAGUCGAGCAAGUCGUCUUCGAAAAGCAGCAAAUCCAAGCACAGGAAGAGCAGCAAGUCGCGAUCACGGUCAUCGUCACGGUCUCGUUCGCGUUCACUAUCUCGCGCUGCCUCCUCAGAUGACGAGGGGAGCGGAUCCGAGUCAGAUACCAGCACCGCCUCGUCAUCGUCAUCCGAUCACGCAAGCAGACGGCGCUCGAGCAGCAAGAAGAAGCGUUCUAACGGCAAGUCUUCAUCAUCCCGUCGAAUUUCAGGGACGGGCGCGGAUGAGAUCGCUCCCUUCGUCUACCGUGCUGUCAGACCACACUCUGUUAAGGUCGGAUGGACCGAGACGCCUUGUGGUCACUGUCCCGUCUUCGAUUUCUGCGACGAUACCGGUCCAGUCAAUGCCGAGACCUGCCAAUACUACGGCGGUAAGCACGACGAGCUAGGCCGAAAGCUGACUAACGGCUGGAUUGAUACGAUCGCCGAUAAUGAAGAUGACGAGGAUGGCGACGACGAAGACGAUGUCCUAAGCGACGGUGUCAAGGACGAGGGGGUGUAA